AUGGAGGAAGAGGUAAGAAAGUUAGGGUAAAUUAAGAUUUAAAAAAAAUAAGUUAGGGUUUUAGAGCGAUUGGGAAAAUGGUUUCGUUUCGGCGUCAACGGAUAAUUUGUGGUUUGUUAUGAUAAUCAAACAUGGUGUCUCAGCUGUCGUUCCCCGAUCAAAUAGUUCAAUUCAAUUUGGAGAUUUUUGCAGAGUCAAGUAUAAGUUAGUUUUGUUUGAUUCUAAUAUGAAAAUAGAACUUGUUAUUCCAGAAGAAAUCCGAUUUUUCACCCAAAGAAUCGAGCGCAAUUUCAAGUGGUUAGCUAUGAAAAAAUCGAACCAUUGGCUGAAUAUCGUGUUGUCACAGAUGAUGGACCUACGAAAGUUUUGGUUAGUUUACACUGUAAAGUUUGCAGCUCGGAAACUACUUAAAAGCACUGAAAUUCCAGAUCACAACUAUUGCUACUUUCGAAAAAUAUGUUGAUUUUCAUGGUAAACCAAUAGCAAUGCUCUCAAAUGAUGUAUUUGGUGAGAUUUUGUAACUUUAUGAAUUUCAUGGGCUCAUAAAAUCCGAUUUUCAAGCAAUGUUCACGUUCCUAUGGUUAAAAUGCAAUUUUUAGAUCAUUUUUGAAGCUCCUACUGUCAAAAAUAUGACUUUUAGGCCAUUUUUAAGCUGCUAACCUCAAAAACACGGUCUUUAGGUCAUUUUUAAUUAAGCUGCUAUGCUCAAAAAUCCGAUUUUAAGGCUAUUUUUAAGAUAUUAACCUUAAAAUGUGAAAUCUUCAAACUAAUUCCUUUUUAUUACAGGAUCCUUCAUAGAUCUCGACGGGAGAAUUCGACCAAACACAACCAGGGUGAAAUUUGAGUUCAAGGUUUGACAUUUUUUUCCCCGAAAAUUAAAGACGUGAAGUAUUUUAGAGCAAAAGUUCACCGAUCGAUCAAUAUUUGACAAUUUUCGUGCCUGUUCGCGUUUUAGAAUACAUUGAUACAGUACGUCGAGCCAAGAAUGAUUAGAAUUAUUUCACAAUUUUCAGCCAGAACCUCCGAAACCUCGAAGUCGAUCUAUUGGAGCGCCGAAAUUGGUUGAGGGAUUUGUAGGUUAUGAAAAUGAGGACUUUUUCUGGGUUUGGUGCAAAGAAUUUGAUCACGAUGUGCGUUUGCAUAAGGAUUAUUGGUGAGUAAAUUUUUCUCAAAAAAUUCUUAUCUGGAAAAAAAAAUGUUUCUAGCCCCCGAAACAAAAAUGAUAGGAAGAUGGAUUGAAAUGUCAGUAUUACAAGAAAGAAAAAACAAAUACAAAGUUUGCCAAAAAGUACAUUUUAUUGAUGACGUCAUCAAAUGCCGUGUAAUCAAUGGUGUUCCGGAACUCAAUGUACAAUUGACGAAUUUUGGAGAAUUUGAUGGAGAACAUCCAGCUUUUCAUAAUAAUAUAAUUGGAUCGAUUGUUGAUGUUGAUAAAAUGAGUGGAGAUGUUCAAAUUGGCGAAGUUUAUUGCGCGUGGAUUGCGAGACAUAAAUGGGAAACAACGAAAAGUCGAUGGAAAAUAUCACCAAAACAGAAUGUUAUUGGAAAUCCGCCAAGUGUGAGUGUGAAAAAAUCGAAUGGAUACUAUGCGCCAAGGAAUCGAGAUUCAUCGGAUGAGGAAAGUGGAAGUGUUGUAUCUGGAAGGUAUUCGGAUGAGGAUGAUGAGGCUUUUAAGGGGAGAAAGAGAUCGGAGAUGCGAAGGAAGCAAGAAGAGAAUGAUCAGAGACAAUUGUAUGUGGAUUUGAAUAAUUUGACGAUUGGAGCGGGUGGGAAACGAAGUUUGGAAGAUGAGGUUUGUUUAGGCGCGGGAUAUUGUCAUUCCGAAAAAGAACCUUGGAAGAGAACCGAAAUGGCCUAGAAAACCAAGGCUACAGUAGACUUUCGCGAAAAAUAAAAUGCGAAAUUUACACGCUGGCUAUUUGCCAACCAGUUUGAUGUGCAUGUGUCACGUCAUUUUUAGUCUACUGUACGUGAGCGCCAAUUUAAACAGAGGUUCUUUUAUUUUUGGAUUGACAAUAGUUUUUUUUUUUGAAAUUUUUGUUUGGGUCAACACUUUUCCAGUUCGAUCUUUUUUAGAAGAUGCUUAUGAAAGAAUUUUGUUAUCAAUGAUAACAGUGAGAUUUUCAAAGUUUUUUUUUGUAAAAAUUGCAGAUUUUAGCCAAGUUUUCGGAAAUAUUUUUAUUGAUUUUUUAAUGUUAUACACACCUCGGCCAAGCCGUGGCUGGCCAGAGUACAAUUUUUUUGAAAAAUCGGAAUUUCAGUUUUUCAAAAACUGAAAAAUCACAAUUUUUAGAGGACAAAAAACUUAAAAAUUCACAAUUUUUGUACUGUAAAAAGUUAGCGUACAAUUUUUAUUGUGGAAACCACGAUUUUGGCCGAGGUGUGAUGUUAUAACUUAUAAGUCCAAAAACGAAAAAAACAGAAAAUUCAAGGCGCAUGUUGAAAUACGGUAGAACCCUGCAUAUCUAACUCGAUUUCUGAUUGGACAGAAAAGUUAGAUAUGCAGGUUGUACGGUAUGUUCCUUUAAUCGAGAUCAAAAUGACCGAAAAUUCAAGGCGCAUGCUGAAGUACGGUAGAACCUGCGUAUCUAACUCGAUUUUUGACAAGAAAUUGGACAAAUUUGUUCAGUUAGAUACGCAGGUGGUACGGUGUAUUCGAGAUCAAAACGAAUUUUAUGAAUUUUUGGACAAAAUCAUUUUCCAGAGUCUCUCUGGAUCUACACCAAUCGAUAAUUCAAGUGAUCGAACAAGAAGAGCUCACAAAACGACAAAUGUCGAUGAUCUCAGACUUCGAACAAUUAUGAAUGAUUUUUUGAAGUGUAAAGAGGUUCGAACAGCGAUGAAACUUGAGAAUUCGGAAGCUUAUGAAGAACUUUCCAAGAUUCUGAAUUUCAGAAUCUGA